AAACGAACAAUCUCAUCUGUCGCGUCGCUCCUUUCGCGUGGGUGCAUCGACCGUCUUUUCAUCAGUAUACAUUCUUAAUCUCUUCUCCUGUUUGUCUGUUUACGCCGCGGGAAACAUGCGGUAACGGAGUGAGUACAGCACAUGCAGGCCGCGCUUGAAACGGACGCACAAGCUCGAACUGAAGCUUGGGGACCCUGAAUGCGUUUGGGACUGGCAUCAUGGGCGAAGCUGACAUUGGCACCCCGCGCUCGACCGCCGACCCGCCGCUGCUGAAGGCGCCGAAGGACAAGAACUGCCCCUUCUGCGGCCAGGCCUUCACCUCGAGCUCGCUGGGACGCCAUCUGGACCUGUACAUCCGACCGAAGAACCCGAAGGCAGCCGAUGGCAUUCACAUCGUCGACGAGAUCAGGAAGCUGCGCGGCGGCAUCACGAGGCGGCAGGCAAAGGGCAGCAUCUCGAGGAAGGGGGAGGACAGCGGCGACUGCACGCCGGUGGACAACAAACACAGCGUGGCCAGCGAAGGGUCGUCGACAUUGGUGCAGAGCCCCGAAGAUGACGACGAGGGGCUGGGCAUCGAUAUGGGGAAGACGAGGGGCCAGUUCAAGGACGUGAGCUGGGGCUGCAGCAACCGGCAGCUGUCACAGCGACUGGGCACGAAGGCGCCAGAGACGCGGCGUGAUGCAUCGCGGCAGAUGCGCAAGCAGGAGCUGGACCAGCGGCAGAGGCAUGCCGACGACCUGGAGACGGCAAAGGCGGCAGAGCUGGCGCUGAGGGAGCUGCUGAAGAGCGUGCGAGAGGCGAAUGUCAAAGCAACCGGAUGCGGCCUGUUCGACUUCGACCCUUACACGCUCAACUUCCCCUCGCUGUGUCUGCACAUCCUGCCGGCCCCCUCCACCCUUUUCGCGUCCCAGCCGUUCCCCACCGCCGACUCAUGGUCCAUCGCGCCGCCCGGCCAGAAGCAGCUCGACGCUCUCAAUCGCUGCGUGCGUGAGCGCCUGCUGGCCCACCAGCGCCAGCGCCAGAUCAACCAGGUCUACCCAGCCGCUGGCCACUCGGACCCCGCCUCUGCUGCCAACUCGCCACUGCCCACGCCGCCGCUGUUCGACCCCGACCCACAGAAGCUCUUCAACCACAUUGCAGACGCCUUCAACCACUGGACGCACCAGUCCGACCAGACGCGUCAGGAGUACUGGCAGAUCGAGAUCCUCCGCUGCUAUGCCCGAGCAAACGACUCGCGCAGGGAGACGGAGGUGCAGCUGGAGAACGCGCGCAGGGAGAUCGAGUACCUCAAGGCCAACAGGUGGACCUCUGGAGCCCCUGAUCUCUCGCCUGUCAGCAUCACGCUGGGCGCGGAUACGGCCAAGGAGCUGGGCAAGCAAGGCAUGGACUUCCGCAACUGGGACUUUGACCGCCUGACCGACAAGUGGCGAGCUGUGGUCCGAGAGAACAGGUCUGCGUCGUCAGGCAUGGCGGCGCAGAAGCAGUUGCCGGACUCGAGAAGCUGCUCUAUGGCCAGCCUACCUCCCCACCCUUUCGCUGCGGUGAGCAGGCCCAGUCAGAGCAGCCCCAUGAAGAUGGACACAGGCAUGCCCUUCUCUGCGCCAGCGACCGUGAAUGGCGAGAGUGACCAGGUCGAUGCUGAGGGCGAUGACGAUGAUGAGGACCUCGAACUUGACUCCAGCGGACUGCAGGUUCAAGACGACGAGGCCAAGUUUCAGCAGCAUCCUCAACCUCCCCUCUCGAUGCCACAACACCAUGGUCUGCCACUCCAGCCAACACCCAUACAUCCCUCACAACAGCUUCACUCGCACAUGCAAGCCCCGAUGCACGUCACGCAGGCCCAAGCUCAAGCCUCGAUACAGGCUCAUGCACACGCUCAAGUGCAGGCACAGGCACACGCACAGGCUCAAGCAUGGGCCGCAGCUCGCCAGCACAUGAACCAGUCGCGGAACCAGAACUACAGCCCACACCACCAACAACAAAUAUCUCCGCACCCUCAGCAUACCCAGCAUAUGGGGUCCGCCACGAACAGUCGCCGACCGUCCGUGGUCAUGAUGGAUCCUCAUGUCAUGAAUACAAGCGGCAUGACUGGUCCAAUGGGCAUGCCAACCGGUAUGGAAGGCAUUGAAGGCCAUCAAGACCAGUACCUCAGGAUGGACAUCGGUCCUAUCGCCGGCUUCGUUGGUUCGAACGACGGCGGCGUCUCGAUGGGCACAUGAUCCAUCCCACUUUCAACGGCCAUCCGCAAGGUCGUGAAGCGUACAGUGGCGCUACGACGGAACGCGGCUCUGGCGCAGUUAUAAUCUCGCGCAGCUUUUCGCAACCUUUCCUUGCGCCUACCACCGUCGAUCUACCUUUGUUUGGAUACCCAUAUACCC